GACCAACGUUUCUCCUCGUCUUUUUUGCUUUAGGAGUCCGACUGGCGCUGGCUGAACAGUGUGUGAUUGGAGCAGCGCAGAGAUUGCCUGGAGCUCAAACCCGUCGCACAGACACAGGCCCCCGAACUAUAGUCGCAUUGUAGACUGUAUCAGGGUUGUAUUGGCGACUUUCAGAAAGGCUUGACAUCGUCGUGGAAUACGACUGCAUGUUUUAUUUUUAGGAUUCUCAUUCGCCUCGUUUAGGCUACUAUAACAUUGGAGCUGUGCAGUUUUUGAAUUCAUUGUGUCCACUCGAAGGGAAAAUGUGGAUGCGUGCGAGGGGGAUAUGGGAAAAAACUAUUGAUUAAUAGUUCCGAACAGCACCUCGCUAUGGAACAGUUCGUCCGGUCCUUGGGGACGCAUGGACUUGGAGAGAGAGAUACCAGCCACAAGAAACAACACGAUCUGUCCCUCGUAAGUGGAGCAUGCAUCGGAACCAUGGACGUCUUUGUGUUGCCCGCUGCGUAUUCCGAGCUUGAGGGGGGCCUCUAGCCUGCUGAAGGGGUGACCACUCUCUCCGUGUUCCUUCUGUGCCAAACUGAAAUAUUCGUCAAACACCAUUUAGGACUGUUCACCCCAAAUAUGAGAAGAUGACUGGUGAGGCUUCUCCUAAAACCACAGAUCGCUGACUACUCCAAGACUCCUCUACUUUUUCAAUUCAAUAUCCUAAAACCACAGUUGUUAGCUAGCGGGCAUCUGGAGACCUCUCCACACCCAGCAACAAUGGCUCCUGCAGCGUGGAGGUGUUUAGUUCUCCAUUCUCUACUGUUAACUCUAAUUAAUCUCCAUUGUUCAGAAGGGUUCAGUCGUGCAGCCCUGCCGUUUGGCCUGGUCAGAAGAGAGCUCUCCUGCGAGGGAUAUGCCAUCGAUCUCCGCUGCCCCGGUGCUGAUGUCAUCAUGAUCGAGACAGCGAACUACGGCCGCACCGACGACAAGAUCUGCGAUGCAGACCCGGUCCAGAUGGAGAACGUCAACUGCUACCUCCCCGACGCCUACAAGAUCAUAUCACAAAGGUGCAAUAACCGUACCCAGUGUGUGGUUGUGACUGGCUCUGAUGUGUUCCCUGACCCCUGCCCUGGUACCUACAAGUAUCUAGAGGUUCAGUAUGAGUGUGUCCCAUAUAAAGUGGAACAAAAAGUUUUCAUUUGUCCCGGGACCCUGAUGGAGGUGGGGGAGCCCACGUUUGUGUUUGAGGCGGAGCAACAGGCGGGGUCGUGGUGUAAAGACCCCUUGCAGGCCGGAGACAAGGUGUUCUUCAUGCCCUGGACACCGUACCGCACCGAUACUCUCAUUGAGUACACCUCCCUGGAGGACUUAAAAAAUGGCCGCCAGACUACCACCUAUAAACUCCCACAUCGAGUCGACGGCACCGGCUUCGUGGCCUACGACGGAGCAAUCUUCUUCAACAAGGAGCGCACGCGCAACAUCGUGAAAUUUGAUCUCCGCACACGCAUCAAGAGCGGUGAGGCCAUCGUGGCCAACGCCAACUAUCACGACACUUCGCCGUACCGCUGGGGCGGCAAGACGGACAUAGACCUCGCUGUCGAUGAGCGGGGAUUGUGGGUAAUCUACGCCACGGAGCAGAACAACGGGCGCAUCGUGGUCUCACAGCUCAACCCGUACACUCUCCGCUUCGAGGCCACCUGGGAGACGGCGUACGACAAGAGAUCGGCCUCCAAUGCCUUCAUGGUGUGCGGCGUGCUGCACGUGGUGCGGUCCACCUACGAGGAGAACGAGAGCGAGGCGGCCAAGAGCCACAUCGACUACAUCUACAACACCAAGCUGAGCCAGGGAAAGUACACAGACAUCCUGUUCCCCAACCAGUACCAGUACAUCGCUGCUGUGGAUUACAACCCCAGAGAUAACCAGCUGUACGUGUGGAAUAACUUUUACAUCCUGCGCUACGACCUGGAGUUUGACGCGGAGAAAGACCCUGCUGAAGUGCCAACUACAGAAGAUGUCUCCCUCUCAUCAGCCCUGCCUGAAACCACCACUCUCAUCACCACCACCACGUCCACAGUCAAAGGCUCAGUUAACACCACGAUUCCAGCCGACCCCAGGGAUGGGAGAGAGAGAGAGGCGGGUAACCCAGCGGAUGACUCCCAUGGAACGGCUGACCCCACCGCCCCAGAGAUCCCCCCAACCCCCAGGCGCUUCUGUGAGGGAACAAUGAAGAGAGGCAUCUCCUGGCCCCAGACACACACUGGAGUCACCGUGGAGAGACCCUGCCCCAAAGGAACCAGAGGCAUUGCCUCCUACCUCUGCACGGUGGCAGGGGGGACCUGGAACCCAAAGGGACCCGACCUCAGCAACUGUACUUCCCACUGGGUCUCUCAAGUGGCACAAAAGAUCCGUAGUGGGGAGAAUGCAGCUAACCUAGCCAAUGAGCUGGCCCGCCACACGCAGGGUCCAGUGUUCGCCGGUGACAUCAGCUCAUCAGUGCGACUCAUGGAGCAGCUGGUGGACAUCCUGGACGCUCAGCUCCAGGAGCUACGGCCUAGCGAAAAGGACUCGGCCGGGCACAGCUUCAACAAGCUUCAAAAGAGAGAGCGGACUUGCAGGGCAUAUAUGAAGGCCAUAGUGGAUACGGUUGACAACCUCCUGAGGCCGGAAGCUCUGAAGUCCUGGGAAGACAUGAAUUCCACGGAGCAAACGCACGCAGCCACCAUGUUACUGGAUACCCUGGAGGAAGGAGCCUUCGUCCUUGCCGACAACCUGAUUGAGCCCGCUGUAGUCAAAGUGCCUGCAGACAACAUAAUGCUGGAUGUGUAUGUGCUCAGUACUGAUGGCCAGGUGCAGGACUUCAGGUUCCCCCAGACCAGCAAGGGUGGAGCCUCCAUUCAACUAUCUGCAAACACAGUCAAAGUCAACAGUAAAAACGGUGUGGCCAAGCUGGUGUUUGUCCUCUAUAAGCACCUGGGCCGGUUCCUCAGUACAGAGAACGCCACGCUCCGGGGAGGAGGAGGCGGCGGAGGACGUAACCUCUCAGACCUGACCGUCAACUCACACAUCCUGGCCGCCUCCAUCACCAAGGAGUCCAGCCGCGUGUUUGUGUCCGACCCCGUCAUCUUCACCCUGGAGCACCUCGACAAGGAGCACUUCUACAACCCCAACUGCUCCUUCUGGAACUACUCUGAGAGGAGUAUGAUGGGCUACUGGUCCACUCAGGGCUGUAAGCUCCUGGACACCAACAAGAGCCACACCACCUGUUCCUGUAGUCACCUGACCAACUUCGCCAUCCUCAUGGCCCAUCGAGGAAAUGUGGUGGAGGGGAGCGUCCAUGAGCUGCUGCUGACGGUGAUAACGCGGAUGGGCAUCGCUGUGUCUCUGGUGUGUCUGGCCAUCAGCCUGUUCACCUUCUGCUUCUUCAGGGGCCUGCAGAGCGACCGCAACACCAUCCACAAGAACCUCUGCCUCAACCUUUUUAUCGCCGAGCUCGUUUUCCUCGUGGGCAUCAACAUGACUGAACCCAAGCUGGUGUGCUCCAUCAUCGCGGGCGUUCUUCAUUUCUUCUUUCUGGCGGCGUUUGCCUGGAUGUGCCUGGAGGGCGUACAGCUCUACCUCAUGCUGGUUGAGGUGUUUGAAAGCGAGUUCUCCCGCAGGAAGUACUAUUACGUCUCCGGAUACCUCUUUCCCGCCGUGGUGGUGGGAAUCUCUGUCGCCAUCGACUACCGCAGCUACGGGACACAGAAGGCCUGCUGGCUGAGGGUGGAUAACCACUUCAUUUGGAGCUUCAUAGGACCUGUCACCUUCAUUAUCAUGCUCAAUCUCAUCAUCCUGAUUGUGACCAUGUACAAGAUGGUGAAGCACUCCACUUCCAUGAAACCCGACUCGACCCGGCUGGGCGGUAUCAGAUCCUGGGUGCUUGGAGCAUUUGCCCUGCUCUUUCUCCUGGGUCUGACCUGGUCGUUUGGCCUGUUCUUCCUCAACGAAUCCUCCGUCGUCAUGGCGUACCUCUUCACCAUCUUCAACACUCUGCAAGGGAUGUUCAUCUUUAUCUUCCACUGUCUCCUCCAGAAAAAGGUCCGUAAAGAGUACAGCAAAUGUUUCCAUCAGUCCCAGUGCUGCGGAGGUCUGCCUUCUGAAGGGUCCCACAGCUCGGCCAAGACAACCACAUCCCGAUCCACCGCACGCUACUCCUCCGCCACACAGAGUCGUAUCAGGAGGAUGUGGAACGACACGGUGAGGAAGCAGUCCGAAUCCUCCUUCAUCUCCGGAGACAUCAACAGCACCUCCACCCUGAACCAGGGCAUGACUGGCAACUACCUCCUAACUAACCCUCUGCUCCGAGCUCACGACCCUAACAACCCCUAUAACAACCUGCUGGCUGAGACGGUGGUGUGCAACACCCCCUCCCCUCCAGCCUUUCACUCACCAGGGCAGCAUUCUCUGACCCGCAGCAGGGACAUCAGUGCCAUGGACACCCUCCCCCUCAACGGAAACUUUAACAGCUACUCCCUGCGUGACCAUGAAGACGACUAUGAGGACAUUGUGGGCGUGGUUGGGGGUGUGGUCCACGGCCCGGGGGACCUGGGGGGCCUCAGCCUGGAUGACGCCGCCUUCGAGAAGAUGAUCAUCUCUGAGCUGGUCCACAACAACCUGAGGCCCCGCGGGGCCCCCAAGGGCCACAACCCCCAUAGCGAUAGCAGGGAGAGGGACAAGGACCAGGCCCCUCCCCAGACCAGGGUGAUUGUGGACAGGGAUAGGGGUUGUGGGGGUGGAAGCGGCAGCGAAGAUGAUGCCAUAGUGGUGGACCACGCUGAGGCUUCGUCCCCCCAGAGAGGUAGUAUAGUCGGGGUAGUAGGAGGAGGAGUAGGUGGAGGUCACCCCACCCUGGAGUUGCUGCUGCACCCCCACCAUAAGGAGGCAUUAGAGGCCCCGCUCCUGCCCCAGAGGACUCAUUCCCUGCUCUACAGCGCCCACAAGGCCCCCAGGAGGGCUGUGGAGGGCCCUGGGUGCCACGGCUCAGAGACAGUGGGGGCGACAGGGGACGGGGAUUCCCAGUCACCCAACAACAACAGGGACUCCCUGUACACCAGCAUGCCCAACCUGAGAGACUCUCCCUCAGCCUCCCCCUCAGCCUCAGCCUCACCCUACCCCCCCGAUGAAGAUGAUGACCUGUCCCCUUCCCCCAGGACCGAGGGGGAGGACCUGUACCAUAAAAGCAUGCCUGAGCUGGGCGACGGGCCCCAGCCCCUGUCCUACUACCACAUAAACCGGGGCACCAGCAAUGGGUGCAUCGUACCCCCCAGCGCUGAGGACUGUGUACCCGAGGGAGAGGGCCCCCAGGACAGACAGAUGCAGCUCAUUACUAGCCUCUGAGCAGGUGGAUGGAGGAAGGAGAGGAACCACCUCUGGUGUUUUUGCACAGGUUUGAACAUAUGUAUGUGUGUGGGCUUUGGUUGAUGUCAAGACUAUUGCCAGCCCUCACCGGUCCUCCCAGUCCUCCACCUCUGCACUCCUAAUGACCCAUCAGAGCAGGAAGUGAAAUGUUUGUGGGUGGUAGGGAGGAAGGAGAUGGAUUACUUUUUCACACAUAAACUCGGUCACACACACAAAUAUCCUCUGAAACCGUCUGUCUGUGGACUUGAACUGCUCUGCUCUGCUGUGGGACUACAGAGAGGUAAAUGCACAGACCACUCCAAGUGUCAGAGAGAAGUCUGUCUGGCGCCAUUCCUGUCCAGCCUGCAUUUGUAUUAUAUUGAAGAAGAAAAAAAACUUGGUUUAAAACUCCAGGUUUAGAACUUUUGGAACCCUGGUGAAGUGUUCCUGGAGGGGAUUCCAGAAUUAAUGAGGAUGAGUAUCUGUUGGGUCCUGGACUCUAGAACGUUCUAGAGUCAUUCCACUACACAGUGAGGACUGUCAAACAAAGAACCACUAAUUCAGACUCAGGCCUUAUAUUUUCUCUAUUGCACAUUUAACUGUUGUCAGAGUAAUAGCUAAAGAAAAUAUAUUUUGCUGUACCACAAGUGUAAAAAAAUAAAUAUGAAAAAAUGUUAUGGCAACCAAUUAUACAACAUUUCAAUGUUGAGAAGAUUAUUCUCAAAGCAGGUUGCUCAAAUGUGUUUUUUCCUCUCACUUGACUCAUUGUAGUAUGUUUGAACAAAAAAAAUAAUAAUAAUCUGAAAAUCCCAUAUGAAACCAUACUCACAUCUCCGCUUGUGAAGUGCUUUUUGCUUUCAUGAAUUAAGAGUUUUGCCAGUAAUAUUUUGUGUUAACACCAUGCCAAUCACAGAUUUGGCGUGAAUUUGGUCGUUGUGUAAUUUAUUUUACUUGAAAAAAUUGUCAGGUUUCAAAAAUAUUUACGUGUCAAUGCGAUAUUUCAAGUUUUACAAGCAUAUUUCAGCGUUUGACACUAAUUAAUUUAUUAACAGUUAUUGAACAUUUGACAAAGUAAAAUGGUUGGGAAGUGUGUCUUGUUUCAGCACUGUUUAGGUUCAUAUCAUUUAUUUUGUAAGAUCCCAUUGUCAGCUGAUAUAAAAACUCUUGUUUGGUAUCAAAUAAAUGUGAGAUUUUUUCUUGUU